CUCACAAGGCAGGUGUCGUUGUUUUAUGACGAGCUCGAAUCGACUGUGUAUAGGGCUAACCCACUAUCAAUGGGUAAGGGCAGUAUUUCUAGUCCGUUGGGUUUGAUCUGUCAUGAAAAUUAACAGUAAAGAGCAGUGGAGGUUAUAUUCUUGUGAAAAUAAGAUGCCCCCGCUGAGUGAGUGAUGACAAGCCGUGGGGAGGCUGCUGACAUUGACGAUAUAGCAGUGACUGAUUAAAAUGGGAGCGCGGCGAAGCAAUGACAAUCGAACCGUAUCAAUGGGGGAACCAGCGAUCUGGUGCUGAGGAGAACGGAGCAUCAUCACCGACCAAAACACCAGCCUUCAGCAUCUCAACAGAAUCCGCCACAUAACAAAGAUGGCCAUUUCAAGAUGGAAAUUCGACUGACAGAUAAGAAGGACCUGUGAGACGUCGGGUGGAAACUGGGGACCCUGUCGGAGCUACAGCCAGCCACACAUGCUGUCUCCCUCACCCCACCAGCCUCAGCAUGCCCACUUCCGAGGCGCCCAGUGUGGGCAGUAACUCCAGCACCGUGCCCUGGGACCCUGGUUCCUCUGGUCCUCCUGGCCCCACAGACUGGCCAUCGGUGGCCAACAGCGUGGUGAAGAUGGUGCUGAUCUCAGCCAUCGUGUGUGUGUCUCUGUUUGGUAACGUGGUGGUGUUGUUGGUGUUCCAGAGGAAGCCUCAGCUUCUCCACGUGGCCAACCGCUUCGUGCUCAACCUCCUCCUGGCAGACCUGCUCCAGACCGUGCUGGUCAUGCCCUUCGCCAUCGCUGCCACUAUGCCCGGCGUGUGGCCCCUGGACGCCCGCCUCUGCCAGGCCCUGGUGGUGCUCAUGCACCUGUUUGCCUUUGCCGGGGUCAACACCAUCAUCGUGGUGUCAGUGGACCGUUACCUGGCUAUCAUCCACCCACUGUCCUACCCCACCCGUAUGACCCCUCAUCUGGGCACCAACCUCAUCGCAUGCACCUGGGUGCUCAGCCUGCUCCAGAGCACGCCACCCCUCUACGGCUGGGGGGCCAUAGACUUUGACCGCAGGCAUAACGUGUGUUCUGUGGUGUGGUCCUCUAGCCUGUCCUACUCAGCCCUGGUUGCCACGUUCUCCUUCUGGCUGCCUGUGCUCAUCAUGCUGGGCUGUUACUGGAUGGUGUUCAGGGCAGCAAGGAGGCAGAACGCCCUGGUGCACCCCAUCCAGACCCACUCUAAGUCCCAGCCUAACCAGCCUCCGGACCCCCAGGCCCCUGCAUCGGUAGCCCUCAGCGCCUGCCCCAACAGCCACCCCCACCCUUGGACUCCUUCUCGGCCGGAGGGUACCCCAUCCGGGGCAGGCACAGACGUUUCCACUACCACUGCAAGGCAGCCCGGGUGGUGUUUGUCAUCAUGGCAUCGUACAUCCUGAGCAUGGGACCUUACAGUGU